AUGUGCUUUAAGUUUAGUAAGGUUAUGUGUACUCUGCUUUUAGGUUAAAAAGAGCAAUAUUUUUAAAAUCAAACAUGUCCCUUUCACAAAAAUACUCUGGUAAAGUGCUAGUACCUUGGUUUAACAGUGCAGAAUGGCAUUAUGUUUACUCCCUGGUAAAUUCAAAUAAAAAAGAAAACUUAGUUGAAGCUUUACAACUUUUACACAUAUGGAAGAUACGAACUCCACUACUUUCAGCGGGUAUAGAAGGAACUUUAAUUUUAUUAGAUGCCUUGGGGACAGAUUUGGAGCAAUUAACAGAGGAACAAAUUAAACAAAUUUAUGCUUUAUCACUUAUGAGAUUUUUAAAUGUUUGUGCCACAAAUAAUGAUAAGCAAGGAAAAUUUACUAAAACCAUGGCAGAUUCAGAUUUACCAAAAUGGUUGAUUAAUAUUAGACAUGAUGUUGCACAUAAUCACAAGCUUCCUGACUUGAAUAUUUUGGAUUUGGCCUUAACUAUUUGUUUCAAUUGGGUCAAAUAUAAUUAUUGGGAAAGUCAAAAAGAUAAAAUAGUUGAUUAUAUAGUUACAAAUGUAGAUUAUCCAUCCAGUAUAGUGAAUGUCUUUACCGUUUAUGUUGAUUUAAUUUUAAAAGUGUAUCAUAAUCAAGAACCUGAGACUUAUAGUCAAGAGUUUUUAGACAAGGUUAAUUUAUGUAUACCUAAACGUGUUAACUCAAUAACAUACAAUCCCGUUGGAGUUGUCUGCUAUUUGGAAAAGUUGUUACAAGAUAAAGUAACAGUGGAUAAUGCCAAGUCAAUUCGCAAAGUUUUUGCUCAAUAUUUAGUUUCUGAAAAUACACUUCUCUCCAAAAUUUAUGAAAAUAAUGAUGAAGGGAAAAGAUUUAGAUAUAUGUGGAAAAACCUUUUGAAUAUUUUACAUGAAAAGGAUAUGUUGUUUGAUGUUAUUAAUCAGUUAUUUGAAGAAACACACAAUGCUUUGUUAUGUAAUGCAAGAAGAAGAACAGCAAGUUUAUGGAUAAAUGAGUUAUUUAAAGCAUUAGUGAAAAGCAAAAUGAUUAAAAAAGAAUUUGAAAGAAUUUCAAAUGAUUAUAGUCAGUUGGAUGCAAAAACGGGUAAAAUCGUGUUAAAAACAUUUGUUGACAAAAACCCCCAUUUAAAAGACACUCUUGACCUAGAAAUAAACAAUUUUCCAAAUUCAGAAGGUGAAGAGUUUUUGGAAAAAAUAACAGAAAAUCCAGAUGAAUAUACUAAAAUAUAUUUGGAUAGUGUUCUUCUAUUCAAUGGAAAAUCCCAACUCUUUAAUAAACAUACAAAUAAAUUAUUAGAUGCAUACAAUAUAGCAAAGAUCCCACAAGGCAGUCAAGUAAUAUAUAAUCUAGAUUCAUUAAGUAAUCUCAUGGUGGAUUUAGAAACUACUAUGGAUUUUAAUAAUGAAAUAAACAAUAUUAAUGGAUCUACAAGUACAAAUUCAUUCUUAAAAUGGACACCUGUUAGUAAUCCUGGAAGUUUUACUGGAUUGCCUUUGGGAGUGUUACCAACACAAAACAGAUUAACAAAUCCGUUACUUAUGUUUUAAAAUAAAUAUUAUACUU